UGUCAGUCAUGUGGAGUGGGUGGUCCCAACCUCUGGGCAUGUCUGCAGUGUGACUGCCCUUAUGUUGGUUGUGGAGAGUCGUAUUCCGACCACAGCACCAUACAUGCUCAGGUAACACACCUCUCUCCAUCUUUCUCUCUCGCUUUCUCUCACUCUCUCCCUCACCAGAGGUGCAGGCUGAUAAGCAGCACGUAAGUCUUCACAGGAACAGAGGCUUGGCCCAAGAUGCAUGUUGGGUACUGUAUGGCGCUCCCUUAUCAGGGCUCAUCGUGGCUGCUACACACUCCAAAUUUGGUAGGCGUGUGCAAGGAUUACCAAAUGUCUGGACAGCAUACCACCUUUGGGAAGGUCUGGACUUAAUAAGAGCCCAACUAUGACCAACAUUCCAUAGACUUCAUUUUGGUGUCUUUUUUCCAGAGGAACAUGACACUGUAUGACUGGGUCAUAACCUCGUAAGUCACCUUGUACUAUGGCCCCGUGAUAAAACAUUUCUAAAACCACUCUAAAAUUACGUCAUGAACCUGUGACUUUCAGUCGCACAGAAGAGAACUGAACAAUUCAGGGAUGUUUUAUUGGAUUGGCACUAUGUUGGAACACAAUACUUACCAAAAGGCUCACUUGAACUCAAAGCACUCUUUCAUAACUUUCAUAAUUUCCUGACCGCGGCUACCAGUAUAAUGUUUCGGUCUGUUGCUCAAAGUCACAUCUAUGUCACCAAACUGAGCUUGAUGUUGCACUUUAGACAAAUGUCCAGGCAAAGUGCACAAUGCGAAGUGGUUCAAGUCAACUUCUCUUUCCUCUAUUCAAGCCCUAUGGAGUGGCUUUACUUUCUAGGGGCAUGUGGGGCUCCCCAUGAUGAACAAUAAAUACAUUAGCCACUCCUAUCAGGAAGUGAGUUAUUUUGGAUUUUAUGCAUUUUGACACGUUUCAGAUGCUUUGACGCACUCCUCCUAGACCUAGACAGUUAUCAGAUUUAUGUCAAAUUUGGUAUUCAUGAUGUCUCGUCACAUAAACAGGAAAUGUGUUAUAAAUUUGCCAUGCAUUGGUCGACAUGACUCUAAGUUCACAGAUUAUUGGUUGUGAUUAUGAUCAUAUCCCCAAAAUGACUGUCUAGCAUAGCACUACCAUCUGACAACAGAAAGAGUAGCUUUUUCACCGGUCUUUACCAUACGACUCCUAGGCGGUUCACAUAAGAUUCAUUUCAGGUUUGGUGUACAAUAAGUAUUUGGUUUCCUGAUUUUAUGUUGUGAAGGCGGUUUUUGUAUGUUGAAGAGUGUAGCCAUGGGGAGAUGAGGAAUUUGGGUGCUUCUCAACAGAUUUGGGUACCUCAUAGAGACAGAGUACUCUGCGUCAUACUUUAGAAACCAUGCCCACCAUGGGAGAAACAUUUGUUGUCAUAGUUUGAAUUGUGUGAUUUGUGAUUGUGUUCAUCACAAAAAAUACUGUUGAUUGCUAUGAUUCAUGUCUGUACUGGACAUGUAGUAUUCUAUCAUAAUCGUGUAUAGCUGGAAACGUUCUAGAACGUUCCCUGUGACAACCAACCAACUAAGCCCCAUUUUCUGCCCCAUUUUUUGCACAUCUGGUUAGACUGUAUUUCAUAGUCUUUGUACUUGUACUCUACACAAUGACAAUAAAGUUACAUUUAAUCUAAUCUAAUCUAAAUAUUUGUGCCCCCCACUCUCCAGUUCUAAAUGGCUUGCUAAGGCCCUGUUUUUCAUUGAUCAAAUACUUUCUAUGAUGUGGCAUAAAAGACGUCCGUCUCAGCACUUAGAUGCUUCUUUGUUCUUUAAUGUGUUUUGCAUAGCAAUGCAUAAUGUAGCUAUUCAUUCAUCCAACGGACGUGCCGGAGCAAGGAAUAGAGUGGUCAUUCUUUUAAAAAACACUGUACUGACAUGUCAAGUCAACUGUAUUUAUAUAGCACACUUUUAUGCACAGAGUGCAACCCAUAAAACACACAUGACAUCACACAGUAAUGAUAACAAUAUGAUUGAACAAUAUAACAAACAACAAACAUAACAAUUAAAAUAAUUAAAUUAAAACAAAUAAAAACAAGCCAGUGCCAGCAUAGCCGAACCUAGCACACACAGAUACGAACAAACAAAUAAACAAAUAGGCCUAACAGUACAAAAAUGAAAAAUAAAAGUGAUAUAACAUGUGUCCCAGUUAUACUUCACUUCACAGUCUUCAGGAUAAGAAACUACCCUACCCAAAAAGAGGCAUACACUGGUCACAUACACUACAAAAUACAAAAGUCUAAAUGUUCUUGAUGAUCUGGGAAGAAUAAGAGAUUAGAACGUUGAUUUGGGGAAAAUGUCUAUCUAUGGGAAAAUCUCUCUUCUGUCUUCUGUCUGUUUUGUUAUGCUUUUGUUGAGUCUAUUUCAACACCAACCCUUUAUCACCUCCACAACAUCAUAAGAUUGUAAUUGUCAUAAAUAUUAUAGCUUGGUCAAUAUAGCGUGAAUUAUUUAGGGUAAUAUUCAUUGUCUUAAUCCUACACGUACGUGUCACAACAUCCCCCACAGUCGCAGCUCUGGCACCUGGAGUUUAUCCAGGAUGAGCCAUCAGCAUGCCAAGGUUUAUCCACAUGAUCCUGACAGUGCGUCAUGACCAUCCCUUCUGCAGAAACGGAAACAUUUUGGUUAUAAAGAUUUUUCAGCUUAACUCAAAUGCAUUUGUAGGCUGUAGGGGCCAACGGAGCUGGGCCACAAACAAUCAGUAUGAGAGCUAUAGACUUCUGUACAGAAAGUCCAUACAGUAUGUUAACUAUAGCCUAUACUGUAAAUACCCGUCAUAUUUUUUACAUCUUUACAUUUAUUCAUUUUGCAGAAACUUUUAUCCAAACGACUAAAAAAAAAUGAAGAAUAACAUAUUAGCUUUUAAGCAGAGGAGAUCUUAUGUAGCAGAUCAGAUCAGAUCAACUGUAUUGUCCCGGAAGGGAAAUUGGUCUUGGGCAUCAAGUACCACUCACAGCUGCUUACAACACAGCAAGACAUAUAGGAGGACAGACUUAAUAGAUAUACAGACCGACAGCAUCAUGUAUACAUAAUUCAGUGACAUUGGUGCUACAAGUCACCUUCGAGGCAAAUAUAAACAAAUGAACAACAGUUCUACACGGUCCUGUGGCCCACGCUGACCAAUGACACUUAUAUACAGUAACUCUGCACAGUCCCUGUCCACCGACCAGAUGGCAAUAUUGCACAUUCCCUCAGCAGGCCCAACUCCCAUUCACCCAAAAACUAGUAAGGAAACUAAAACAGAAUAGACACACAACUUUGUACAAAAAUCUGAGUAAUGACACACAGUUUUAAUAGUUACAACAUGUAAAUAAAUACAACAACAGGCAAGGGUUAGGGUUAAGGUUAGGGUUAGGUUCCUUGAAGUCGACGGUCGCAGCGCUGUCUUGAAGUCAAGUGGGGUGGGGGCUUAAAACACCAUCAAGCUCAAAUAUGUAUCAGUGGGCAAUAUUAUUAUUAAUAAUUACAGCAUUAUUGUUUAAUAAAAUAUCAUAAAACUUAAGGCAGACAAAAAUAGGAUCAACAAGCUGGAACAGACUGCAUCAGCAAGCUUGGAGCAGCAAGCUUGGAGCCUGCUCUUUCAGUAGGCUAGUGACUGCAGGUCAGAAUAUGCAUGUGCAAACAAAAGCAGAAGAGCAGGAAAUGCAUGCACAACAACGGAAUUAAAUGUCACCAAACACAUACAAAUACAGGUGUGGUAUGAUUGAAUGAAGUAUCAGUCAACACAAGUAUCAAAUACUAUUGAAAAUGCUGAUUGAACAUAAUUAUAUUACAACAUUUAAAUUACACAAUUUGAAAUAAAAAUGUAAUAAUAGCCAUACCACGUUUGUAAACUGAACUAUAAUUUCUCAUCAGAUAUAAACAACUGGUGGAGCUUUCACCCCUUAUUGGGACCCAAAAGAAUAGUGUUUUUGGCUCUCAAACCCCUCCACUCUCAGGGUUCUGAAGAAAUACAUUCCUGCACUCACUUCUCACUUGUUUGUUCCCUAUCCCAGGCAAAGAAGCACCAUCUGACAGUGAACCUCACCACAUUCCGGAUCUGGUGCUAUGUGUGUGAGAGGGAGGUGUUCCUGGAGCAGCGGCCCAUGGUGCCUGUCCCGGCCACCCACCAGUGCAAAUCCCCAGAGCAGGAUCUCUUACGUCAUUCAAGCAGUCAUCCCUUGAAAGCUGUGCCCAUAGCCGUCGCUGACGAAGAUGAGUCCGAAUCGGAGGAGGACGAGCUCAAACCAAGAGGUCUCACAGGGAUGAAGAACAUUGGGAACUCGUGUUACAUGAACGCUGCCCUGCAAGCCCUCUCCAACUGCCCUCCUUUAACCCAGUUCUUCCUGGACUGCAGCGGAUUGGUCCGAACCGAUAAGAAGCCGGCUCUGUGUAAGAGCUACCAGAAGCUCAUUUCAGAGCUUUGGCACAAGAAACGGCCUAGUUAUGUUGUCCCCACAAGUCUGUCUCAUGGUAUCAAGCUGGUAAAUCCCAUGUUUCGGGGCUACGCCCAGCAGGACACGCAAGAGUUCCUGCGCUGCCUGAUGGACCAGCUGCACGAGGAGCUGAAGGAGCCCCUGAGGGAGAGCAGCGGCGGCAUGGGCGACUCGGGCACCGAGGCGGGCGACGGCGGGGGCGGGGCGCGGGACGGCGACCGCAGCCCCUCGGAGGACGACUUCCUGUCCUGCGACUCGGGGUCCAGCAGCGGGGAGGGGGCCGAGGGCCGCGGGGCCGGCGAAGCCGAGCUGCUCAUCCAGGACGAGUGCGGAGGGGUGCGAGUGUCCUCCGCGUCCACCACCAGCGGCGGCGGCGGCGGUCCCACCGGGAGGGGCAUCUCGGAAAAGGAGCGGCUGAAGGAGCGGAGGGUGUCGGGGUCGCCGCUCCGCGGGGCGUCCCAGGAGAUGGACGAGGACGCGGACGUGGACACGGCCGCUUCUCAGGAGGCCGCGGGGGAAAGGGAGCCUGAGGAGACGGCGGUGCCCUGCAGCACCCCAAACCAGGCACAAGCCAACAGCACUACAGAGCCUGAUAACGAGGCGUCGAUGCACCAUCCUCCGUCGCGGCCCUGUAGUCCCGCCCCCAUCGCCCAGGAGCUCCACCCCAAGCUCUCCAGCAGCCCACCCAGGUCCAGCCCCCUGAGGUCAGCCUACUCUCUCAAGAAAGCUCAGGCUAUCAUGGGCCCCAGAAAGAAGAAGCAGUCUCGGUACCGCAGCGUGAUCUCGGAUAUCUUUGACGGUUCAAUCUUGAGUCUAGUUCAGUGUCUGACAUGCGACAGGGUUUCCACCACUGUGGAGACAUUUCAGGACUUGUCCUUGCCGAUUCCAGGGAAAGAGGACCUAGCCAAGCUGCACUCUUCCAUCCACCAGAAUGCCCCAGCCAAGACAGGCGUAUGCGCAGACACCUACGGCACUCAGGGCUGGAUCGCCUACAUUAUGGACUCCAUACGCAAGUUUGUGGUCUCCUGCAUCCCCAGCUGGUUUUGGGGGCCUAUGGUGACCCUAGAGGACUGCCUUGCUGCCUUCUUCGCUGCAGACGAACUGAAAGGUGACAACAUGUACAGCUGUGAAAGAUGUAAAAAGUUGAGGAAUGGAAUCAAAUACUGCAAAGUACUAAGACUACCUGAGAUUCUCUGCAUUCACCUGAAGCGCUUUAGACACGAGGUCAUGUACUCCUUCAAGAUUAACAGCCAUGUGUCGUUUCCAUUGGAGGGCCUCGACCUUCGACCUUUCCUGGCCAAAGAUAGUCCCUCUCAGAUUACAACCUAUGACCUCCUGUCUGUCAUCUGUCACCACGGCACCGCAGGCAGUGGUCACUACAUAGCCUACUGUCAGAAUGUGAUUAAUGGUCAGUGGUAUGAGUUUGAUGACCAGUACGUUACUGAGGUGCAUGAAACAGUGGUGCAGAACGCAGAGGCCUACGUCCUGUUCUACAGGAAGAGCAGUGAAGAGUCGGUGCGGGAGCGUCAGAAGGUGGUGGCCCUGGCCAACCUGAAGGAGCCCAGCCUGCUGCAGUUCUACAUCUCCAGGGAGUGGCUCAACAAGUUCAACACCUUCACCGAGCCCGGCCCCAUCAGCAACCACACAUUCCUGUGUCAGCACGGAGGAAUUCCCCCCACAAAGUACCACUACAUCGAUGACCUUGUGGUGAUUCUUCCCCAGAAUGUCUGGGAGUACCUCUACAACAGUUUUGGUGGCGGGCCUGCCGUGAACCACCUCUACCUGUGUGCUGUCUGUCAAGUCGAGAUUGAGGCUCUUGCCAAACGCAGGAAGAUGGAGAUUGACACUUUUAUCAAGCUAAAUAAGGAGUUUCAGGCCGAGGAAGCACCAACAGUGAUUUUAUGCAUCAGCAUGCAGUGGUUCAGAGAGUGGGAGAGCUUUGUCAAGGGGAAAGAUAACGAGCCCCCAGGCCCCAUUGACAACAGCAAGAUUGCUGUGAUGAAGGGGGGCCACAUACAGCUCAAACAAGGAGCAGACUAUGGUCAGAUCUCUGAGGAGACGUGGCAGUACCUGCUCAGCAUCUAUAGUGGAGGCCCCGAGAUUGCCGUCAGACAGGCCGUCAUUUCCCAGGAGCCAGACGGCCACGGAGAGCGCAAGAUAGAGGCAGAGACUAGAGCACUCUGAAAGAGCAGGUGGAGGCAUGUUACCCCCCCCCCCCGCCCCGCCCCGCCCUGCCACCACCACCACCCCUCCUCUCCCUCACUGAAGCCUUCACUCCAUAGCAUCGCUGGAGCACCCAUCCCCCAGGGGGUUUCUCACCUGCACGAGAGGAGAGGAGCCGCAGCUCGCUAAAUUACUCCUAGAUUAGGCGACGGUAUGUUGUUUCAUAGGUGAUGAAUACAUGUUAAGGUAGCGAGGAGCAUCUGAAACCGCACUCUGGGAGGAAGAGCGGAGAGGGAGAGGAGAGACUUUUCACGCAGAGGCCAGCAUGUUGAAAGUGAGCCGAAAAGAGGAUUUCUACCAAGACACUUAAAUGUAUAUACAUACAACAUGUGGGCAACUUACAGAGCACGCGCGCGCACACACACACACACACACAGACACACACACACACACACACAGUUUCAUCUGCGUUUGAGGAGUCUACUGUGAGGCUCUCAGAGGGUGGAUGAUGUAAGCUAUAAAGCUGCUGCCUGAUGACUGCUGCGCUGAACAUUAACCCCCCCCCCCCCAAUGCGUUAAGCAUGUCUGCACAAGGGCACAAUGGCCUUCAGUUAUGAGUGCUUAAGGGUGCUGUACAGUGGGAGGCAAGUAGAGCUACUGUCCUGAGGGGUGUGUCAGAGUACGGGUAAAAAUGGAGAAAGGGUUCUGUAGGAAAUGGUGGGCUUUUUAUUCUAGCAUAAUUAGGGCCGUUUUCAAAAUGGCAAAUUAUACAUUUAUUGUGUUGUAAAAUGCCGAGAUGAUUCAAAAUCUGGCCUUUCACAGUUGUGCAAGACCCCUUGUCCCAUAUUGUGGAAGUCUGAUUGCGCCACAGGGCCAGUCAAGUGUCAGUUGUUCAGUUCCUCUUGCCCUUUGCUACCAGCUCCGGUUUUGUGGUUAGUGAUGGAACGUUCAGGGCUCUCCCUGCAUUCUUUGUGUCUUGCUGUCAUUUUAAUUGAAUUUUUACAGAACACUGGAACCUAAUGGACACAUCAUCCUCAGCCAUGGGGUUCCAUGGGCAGGUUGAGGCUAGUCAAUGGCUGACUCAGUGUACGUUUUGAUUAGUUUAACUGUUUCUCCGCCAACAAUGAACACACCUCAACAAACCAGCGAGACUCAACCAAAAUAGAAAUUCAAAGCCUCGUUCCUGCCAUUUCUGAUCUGAUGUUGAAGACCGUAGUCAGUUGCUGGCCACUAUUUGGUUGAGUUCACCAAAGAAAAAGUUCAACAUCUGGUAUUGAUUUCCAAAACUUGCCUGGAGAAUAUCUGGUGUUUUCUUUUCUGUUUUUUUUUUUUUUUCUUCUUUUGUUUCAAUCACAUACUGGGCACGUGCAAUGUUGGUCAAUAUCUAGUAUGUAUAACUGAAAAGAGUGUGGCACUAAAUUCUACUGUUAUUAAAGAGCUUAAUUAGAUUGAUCUUUGUUAAACUUAUUGAGUGUAUCUCUCUAUCCAUGAACAUUGAUGACAUAUGACAUAGCCAUUACAUUUCAAAUUAAUGUCAAGACUUGACCUAGUGAACUAAUAGAUAUUGUAUAACAGUGUCUUUGGUUGAAGUCCCAGGUGAUCACAGUUUUAAUGCUGGCAUAUUUGCGUCAAGGUUGACUAAGCUUCUUUUUGAGUGUCUGUUUAUUGUCUGUUUAACUGUAUUGAAAUUGAGAGUGAAUAAAGCCUGUUCUUUCA